AUGAUAAGACAAAACAAACUUACCGCAGCCGCAGUCCUACCCGCCUUCCCCAAAACAGAUCCCGACAUAGCAACCAAGAGACGAGUACAAGAGAAGAAGCAGGAUGGCAAAGACCUGCUCGCAGACCUUCAGGACAUCAGUGACAGUGAAAGGAAGACCAGCACUGCAGAAUCCUCCAUAGGUAAUGGACCAUCUAAUCUACACUUCAACAGCAAACAAAUGACAGCAAAGUUUUACUGUUACAUCACAGGCUCAGAAAGGUCUGAGCAGAGUGCAGGGGAUGUGAUUGAGGACGAGCAGUCGGAGGAAGACUUUGAAGAGGAGAGGGGAAAUGGAAAUCACAUCCCUGCAGUGAUUGAGUCCAGUUUCGACCAUGACUCAAAGGAAAGUGGAGAAGACAUGGAGGAUGAUGAUGAUGAGGAUGAAACAGGUGAUGGGGACCCCACUCCUCAGUCCCAGACUCACUCACGCUCCCCCACUCCCGAAGAGAAUUACAUCCCAGACUCUCCCCCAAUUUCACCUGAGGGGCUGAAGAAGGAGCUGCAAAAGUAUCUGCCUGCUUCACAGGGUUGUCGCAGUGUUGACGAGUUCCAGUGUCUGAACCGAAUAGAGGAGGGAACCUAUGGUGUAGUGUACAGAGCCAAGGACAAAAAGACUGAUGAGAUUGUGGCCCUGAAAAGGCUGAAGAUGGAGAAGGAGAGAGAGGGCUUCCCCAUAAACGCUUUAAGAGAAAUCAAAACCAUUCUGAAAGCUGAACACCCAAACAUUGUCACCGUGAGGGAAAUAGUUGUUGGAAGCAAUACAGACAAGAUCUACAUCGUGAUGAACUAUGUAGAACAUGACCUGAAGAGUCUGAUGGAAACCAUGAAGCAGCCCUUCCUACCAGGUGAAGUAAAGACUCUGAUGAUUCAGCUGCUUCGAGGAGUCCGACAUCUCCAUGACAACUGGAUUCUGCACCGUGACCUGAAGACAUCCAAUCUGCUGCUGAGCCAAAAGGGAAUCCUCAAGAUUGGUGACUUUGGUUUGGCGCGGCAGUACGGUUCCCCCCUGAAGCCGUACACGCCUGUAGUGGUUACCCUGUGGUACAGGUCACCAGAUUUGCUGCUUGGAGCCAGGGAGUACUCAACUGGUGUGGACAUGUGGUCAGUGGGCUGCAUAUUUGGCGAGCUCCUGACCCAGAAGCCUCUGUUCCCUGGAAAAUCGGAAAUUUCCCAAAUCAACAAGAUUUUUAAGGAUUUGGGGACACCGAGUGAGAAGAUCUGGCCCGGCUACAACAAGCUGCCGGCUGUGAAGAAGAUGACUUUCACAGAGUAUCCCUACAACAACCUGCGAAAGCGAUUUGGAGCACUGCUCUCAGACCAGGGCUUUGACCUAAUGAACAAAUUCCUUACUUACUGCCCCAGUAAGAGGAUUGUGUCCGAUGAGGCACUGAAGCACGAGUACUUCAGAGAGACGCCACUGCCCAUUGAACCGUCCAUGUUCCCCACCUGGCCGGCCAAGAGCGAGAAGCAGAGGGUGAAGUGGGGCACCAGUUCCCGUCCACCCGAGGGAGUCCUGGGCUACAGUCAACUGGGUGAAGAUGAUCUAAAAGACAGAGGCUUUCACAUGACAACCAACAACCAGGGAGCGUCAGCAGGUCCAGGAAUCAGCCUCAAAUUUUGA